AAUUGUGCAGUGGUGGCGAUUGUUUCGGGUUUUUCUCAGUUCGAAACGUACAAUUUAUUCGAGGAAGAACAGUGAUAAAUGUGAUUUUGGCGCCACACCUAAAGCACCAGUAGUGCACUGGGUUUCUUUGUUUAACGGAAAAUAAUUUAAUCUACUAAACUAAUAAAUAUUUUAGUAGCAAACUAAAAAUAAUAAAUUCUCACAAAACAUUACUUGAGUGAAAAAUUGUUAAUAAUAAAAUAUAUUAAUCGAAAAUUAGCAGUGAAAAGAUAAAACCAAAAUGUCUAACACUGAGAGAAAAGGAUUUAACAAAUGCAGAGAUAUGCUAUCAUGUCGUCAAGUACUCAAUUUACUUACCAUGCUUGGCUUCAUGUUGAACUAUGCACUGCGAGUGAAUCUGACAAUUGCUAUUGUUGCAAUGGUUCAUCCAGAUGUUCAUUCACCACCACGCAACGUCAGCAAAGUAGUAAAUGCCACACAAAACUAUGAUAAUGCCACAACAAUCUCAACAACAACAACAACACAGCUGCCGCCUGCUAGUAACGAUGAGAACGAUUAUUUUCCAUGGGACUCUUAUCAAACGAACUUUGUACUGGGCUCCUUUUUCUGGGGCUAUAUACUGACUGAGUUGCCAGGCGGCCGACUUGCUGAAUUGAUCGGUGGACGACGUGUAUUUGGACAUUCUAUGCUUUGGGCUAGUUUACUUACAUUGAUUACACCACUGGCAGCACAUAUUAACUAUGUUAUGUUGAUUAUUGUACGUGUUGUUUUGGGCUUUAUGUUGGGCGCUUCAUGGCCAGCUAUACACCCGGUGGCCGCUGUGUGGAUACCGCCAAUGGAACGUUCCAAAUUUAUGUCAAAUAUGAUGGCCUCCUCUUUGGGCGCAGCAAUUACGAUGCCUGUUUGUGGUUUCUUCAUAUCCAUUUGGGGUUGGCCCAGCGUUUUCUACUUAACUGGCGGUGUUGGUCUAUUGUGGUCUGUUUGCUGGUUCACCUUUGUUUAUGAAACUCCAGCCACACAUCCACGUAUUAGUUCGGAAGAACGUCGUGAAAUUGAAGACGCUAUUGGAACCUCGACUUCAAAGAAACGCCCCAGUUAUGUGCCAUGGCGGGAUCUAUUCUGCUCAGGACCAGUGUGGGCAAUUAUUAUUACGCAUGGUUUAUCUGUUUUCGGAUUUUUCACUGUAGUAAAUCAGCUGCCGACAUUCAUGGAUCAGAUAUUACACUUCAAUAUUAAACAGAACGGCCUCUACUCUUCGUUGCCAUACUUGGGCAAAUAUAUUAUGGCUUUCAGCUCGUCUUGUUUUGCUGAUUACCUGCGCCAGAAAGGUGUGCUCUCCACGACAGCUACAAGAAAAGUGUUUACAGCUUUCGCACUUUUAUCACCUGGCGCCUUGAUGAUUGCUCAAGUAUUUUUGGGUCGCACAGCGGCAUGGUCCGUGACGAUAUUUACCUUGGCAUUAUUUACACAUGGCGCUGUAACGGCUGGUUAUCUUGGUAACGGUCUAGAUAUUGCGCCCAAUUUCAGCGGCACCAUUUUUGGAUUGGCUAAUACCCUCUCUUCAUUUGGUGGAUUCUUAUCGACGUGGAUGGUUGGUGCGCUCACCUAUGAUGACAAAUCCUACCAUCAAUGGCAAAUUGUGUUCGGUAUUCUGGCUGGCACAUAUAUUUCCAGCGCUAUAGUUUAUAUCAUAAUGGGCUCUGGUGAGCUGCAGCCGUGGAACAACCCACCAGAGAGAAUACGUAGAUCGGUGGUCAAUACGGAGGAGGGUGAACCAUUGAAAAACGAGAAGCCACAUGUCUUGGAGAAGGCUUUGCAAUGAGUUUACAAGUUUUAGCAGAAUUUUAUGUAAAUUUAUAUAAAAACUAAACAUGUCUUUCAACUCGUUGACAAAACAAUAAUUAAAGUAUUAGAGACACUUCACUUCAAAUCCCUAACACCUCCUUCGAAAGAGGAGAAUUUGGUAGGGAAAAUAUUUGUAAUGAAAAAAAAAACAAAAGCAAAAAGCAAUUAAGGCCAACUCAGUCACUUAUUUUGAUACACAUGUGCGCCCACCUAUAGGAGAAAUGCCAUAAGUAGUGAUUGAAAUUAGUUUAAGUACGCCAAGAAAAUUGUAGUAUAAAAGAUUACUAUGUAUGUACUUGUAAAAAUAAUAGUAAGUGGU